AAAACAUUAUUAAUCCUCAAUGGCACAUUUUCGGUCCAGACUCCGAAUUUUCGGUUUACUCUUAUUAAACAAGAACAAAUAUAACCCCUUCUUGUGGCAACAAUCGUGGCAUUACGCCAAGUCUGUCUGUUCAAAGAAAAAUAUUAUCGAGAGUUGUAACAGACGAUCAAUAUCAACUCUAUCAAAGACACCUAAGCAUUAUGGAUUAAGUAAAAAGACAUGUUUUUCGAACAUUCAAAGAGCGUCAUCGACACAAAAGAAGGAACUUGCAGAACAGAAAUUGUCCCUCUGGGAAUAUGUGUUUGGUCCUAAGAAAUCCUCAAAGAGUCCUUGUACUCGUCAGCUAACCAAUUGUCAAGAACAGGCGCAUUCCAAGAAUUUGCGUUAUCAGAUGGUAUCUAGGAAUGUGAUCUACAUCGAUCUGAUUAAAUCGAAAAAUACGAAAUUUACAUGCGCAGAACCACGACCUAAGCCACCACCCUCGUACAAACUGCCCAGAGCUGUUUUGCUGAACAAGGCGAUGGUAGAAGGUUUCCCUGAGGGCGAUAAAACUUGCAAGGGUAGGAUGGUUAUACCUAUAGCGCCCAGAAAACCAUGUGAAGAAAUGAAGCCGGCUUCAAAUAGUUUAAAUAUCAAGAGAACUACCGAUCAACAUCAAAACAAAUUUAAAUCAAAAAACAUUAAAUCGUAUCUUCCGGUCUAUGAGAAAUCAACAUCUCGAAUAUCAAUGAUACCAAUAUCAGAUUCGGCGGAAGCUCACAAUAUUACAGCGAAGAUAUUGCGUCAAGCGAUGGCACAGGAAGAGCCACGAAUGCAUUCGAGAAUUAAGCAACUCAAAAUUUUAGUGAACGAGAUGUCCAAGUCCCAAAGUGCGUCACAAAUAGAUCCGGGGUGUAAAAAUUCCGAUAAAUAGUUAUAGAUAUAAAUAAUAAACAUCU